UCCUUGUGAGUCAUGUGCGUAUAACCAGCUCCACGGAACUCUCUUAUGACAUCACCAACAGAUGCUUUCCUUGGGUGCCGCUCGCUCGUCUCCAGCGGCUUCCUCGGGGCUCUUGGGGGAUGCCUGCGGGAAGCCCCCUGCUCCUGUGGCUAGCCCUUUUCUCCCAGGCUUCUGCUUGCCUCCUCUGCUUCUCCAGCGCACCCCAGCGCCUCCGCAUUUGCCAGCAAUUUUUAGGCCACCACAGUGCUCGACAUGCCGUGUGCCUCGAGGCCCUGCAGGAGGGCUUUCGGCCCCACACCGCAACCCAGGUGGGUGAGUGCCGUCCCGCUGAGCAUUGCACCGAACCCAUGGAGGAGGCAGGUGCGUGCAGAGGUGCUUCCGAUGUCCAGCAUUCAGGGCACACGAUCGCAGACAUUCUUGCUGGGUUUGGGAGGCAGAAGGCAAGGGCCACCUGCAUUUCUGUAUCUGAAAUUGAGAAGCUGAAGGACACUUUUGCCAGAAUCGUUUUUUACUUGGAAGAGAAAGGCAUGGCUGCAGUGCCUUAUCGUCUAGCCAUUCAAGAGGCUGCUGAACACAUUAAAAAAGAGCUGGCAGAACUGAAGGAUGGCUUCCAGAGGGAGGCCCGUCGGUUCCAGUGUUCAUCCUGCAGCAUUGUGGACUGCCAGCUGCCCAUUGACUGCCCAGUUCAAGAUGUGCACAAGCAGGAAGGGGACGGCACUCUUCUCAGCUGUGAGGUUAAAUUUCAGAUUCCCACAGACAGCACCUUCAGAUGGAAAUUUGCCAAGGAUCUGGAAGGUAAGCGAAUUAAGGAGGGGUGGAUAGCACUCAAAAGGGUCCCACACUGUGAUCUGUGCCGUUCUCUUUCCUUCUGUCAUCUGCAGCUCCGAACUGAGGACCUUUCCCUCUUCCAAGAUCUGCAGUUCGGGUUCAGUCGUUCCCUCCUGAUCCAGCCCACCCUGGGAUCCCAUCAUGGAACAAUAGCCUGCGAGAUCGCUGAGGAAGAGGAUGUGCUCAUUAGGAAGUUCUACUACCUCAAUGUGACAGAGAAAAGGACUGGACUUGAGAAAAGGCUGCAAGACAUGUUCAAAGCCAUCCUGAAUCCCCCAGUGGACCAUCAGCGAGAGGAGGCGGAGGGGGUGGUGGUGAACCGGCCACCUUCUCUGCAAGAGAUGCUCUCUGCGCCAGAUGCCCUGAGCAAGAAAAACGUCAUCCUCCUCAUAUCAGGGAUAGCCUUGAGCUCCAUGGCAUUAACCCUGGCAGCACUGACAAUUUAUCACUGGGCUACAGGCGUCACAUCCUGAACUGGGGCGUGGAAACUGUAUUUUCUUCUCUGUUUCACUUUAUCUUGGGAAAGGAAGGCUCCACGUGAACGUCAUCAUGACUAAACAGCAAGAACAACAACAACAACAAAACCUCCAGACAAGUCCUGUGCUGCUCAGCUCGUUCAGGAAACACUUUUGUAAUAUGUGCACGAAGGGGCCUAGGUUCACUCCUCCCCUUUUUCAUAAAUGGAUGGAUGAUUUGUGAAAAUCCAGCAAGAUGGCAAAAGCCGGAGGAGUCUUCCCAAACAUUAUGCCUUUGAGAUGUUGUGAACACAAUCCCAUCAUCCCAGGCCGCUGCGGCCAAUGGUCAGGCAGGCUGGGAGUUGUAUUCCAAAACCUCUGGAGGGCACUACAUUGAGGAAGGCCAGUCAGUUUAUUGUAUUUAGCCAUAGGGGAUUACAAAUUAACAAGGUAAAACAUUGAAUUAACAAAGAAAACCAUAA